AUGUUUAGUGUAUCAGUCAACCUCCUGAGCUUAACUGUCUUCAUUUCCUGCCUUGGCCUUCUGGGUAAUGUAUUUCUCAUCAUCUCCAUUCUUCAAACCAAGAUCUCUCGAGUUAAAUCCUUCGAGCUGUUUCUUUUGGGACUUGCUGCAGCCAACUUGGAAGAAAUUGUCAUUGUGAACAUUUAUGAUAUAAUCAUCUACCAGACCUCCACUCCCACAACAACUACUGGCACAUUGUCGUGUCGUUUUCUAAAGUUCCUGACAGUGUUUGGGGAAAUUUCCAGCAUCCUCUUCACAGUUCUCAUCAGCAUUUUUCGUUACCAGAAGCUGAGAAAUGCCAACAAAAGAGUCAACCUGUCCAUCUAUUUGGACAGCAUCAGGUCAGCCUGGAUGGUCAGUGGGAUUUGUGUGAUGUUCUCGAUGCUUCUGAGUGUUCCCAUUUUUGUCAUUAUCCCUCAAGGCUGUGCAGAAAACAUGACAAGAAACAGUAACAUCUGCCCUCCAGACUUCUUUCAGUGCAGUCGAAAUGACUGCCCCAUGCUCAACCGAUUCUACAAAUACCUCUUCAUCCUCGUUUGCAACCUGCUGCCUCUGAUGAUUGUCACAGUAACCGGCAUCCUCAUCAUCACAGUGCUGUUGAGACAGAGGUGGACGGUGCAGCCGGUGGACAGUGUGAGCGGGUCCAGUCAGUUCAGGUGGAGUUUACAUCCAAAACUGCAGAGAAGCACCAUUGCUGUGCUGGCAGCUAUGGGACUGUUUCAGGUUGACUGGACUCUCUACCUGAUCUUCCAUUUGACUUUUAACCCCAAUGACUUUCCCUUUUGGGCUGAAAUGGAGUUCUUUAUCUCCACUUCUUAUACCUCCAUGAGCCCAUAUGUAUAUGGGAUAGGGACCAACCUGUUCUCUAUCAAAAAUUUAGCAACAUUUUUAAGCCAGGGUUGUUCUAAGUAUUGUGCUGUUAGGCACAGCACAAAUUAG